AUGGCGGCGGUGGGACCAGUCGGAGCCGGUGGCCCAUACGCUGCACCAGUGAUUGGUGGUGGUCCAGCCAUUGGAGGAGGAGCCUACCAAGCUCCAGUACUUGGUGGAGGAGCUGGUGGCGGCUACCAAGGUCCAGUUGUCGCAGGUGGUGGAGCUUAUGGCGGAGGACCUGGCUACGUUGGUGGAGCUGGCGUUGGCGGUGUUGGUGGAGGAGCUGGUGGAGGUUACAUAGCACCAGCGGCUGGUGCUGGUGGCUUCGAAGGAGCCAGUCAAGGAGUUUCAGGAGGUGCUGGUGGUACCACAUACCAAGAAGGUCCUGCUGCUAUUGCUCCGAUAGCACCACAGCCGCAACAACAAACUUUCCAACAACCUAGUGGUGGUGUAGCUCCACCAUCGGGAGGAGCCACUUAUCAACAAGUUACCAUUGAUACUCAGCAACCAGUGGAAGCUAGCGAAUCGGUGGCGACAUCAGAGAAUUUCGCACCUGCGCCGUCGGUUGAUACUGCCCCUAUUGAGACCCCAGCUGCCAAUGUCGGCGCAGCCAGCGAGCAACAGCCUGCUCAAGUAGAGACAGUUGAAAGCUCACAAACCGCAGCACAAGUCCCUGCCGGAACUGAAGCACCGAAAGAGGAGUCAAGCUAUGACGACAUCAUCGAAGAGCAACAAGCGACCGACAACACUCAUUCGAACUCUUCUCCUUCGACAAAUGAUGUUGACUACGCCAAUGAAGCCGGUGACGAGGGUAAUUGCGAUGAUGCAGAAUUGAAGGCAAUCGUAGAAGGAGCAUUGUCAUCUGAAAAGGAUAACCUCGAGGCAGCCCGUAAGAUCGAGAGCGAUGCCGCCGCGAAAUUCGGUGGACGUUUCAAUGCGAUCGUAUCCGACGCAGAAUUCGCCUAUGUGAACUGGUAUGGCAAGAGGAACUGUCAGCUACGUAUCGAAAAUCGCCAUUCGCUGACUUGGGAGGACUAA